AUGAACUCAAUAUAAUAUGAUGAUGAAAAAAGUGCUCUCGAAAAGAUGCAGAGCUCUCUUAGAAAUGUAAUAUUCGAAGUGCUUUAUUACGUGAUAAACUAGACAGAGCAAUUCUCAAUACUAAUUUAUAUAAUAUUUGUGCUGAUUGAGACAUUUUAGAUCUUAUAUUGGUAUUUUACUACAGAUAUAGUUAAUUUAUGGAUUGUAAUGAGUGUAGCAGACGAUUUGCAAAAGUUCUUUAGUUACUUUUUAUUAGUGCCUUACUUUAACAGCUUUAGUUAGAUGAUAGUUGGAAUGUAUGUAAUAAUAGGUAUCUUUGGUUGUUUACUCAUUCUUAUACUGUAUGUAUCUAUCAAAAUUAAGAAUGGCAUAUCAGGAUUGUCUGGUGCUUUAUCAAUUAUCAAGAUCUUUUGCUAACUAAGCUUAUCAUUUCUCUAUUUACCCAUGUUUGACUUGUUUUUAUCACCAAUGCGUUGCAGAAUGAUAAAUGGCUCAGAAACACACAAGAUAUUCUAAGAUUAAUAAUGCUAUUCAGGAAAUAAUUUACUUCAUUCAUUUUUUGGAUUAGUCAGUGCUAUCGUUCUUUUCUGCAUAGUAUAUUUAAUCACCCUAACUAAUUUUGAAUCAAGGUAUCAGCCAAACAGAACUCUUCUAAAAUUAUCAGGAAGGGAAGAUGUCAAGCUACUUUUCUUCAAGACAAUACUUGUAGUUAGUUUUACUUUCCUAGAUACAACAGACCUACUCAUUUUGGUUAUCAUAUUCAUUACAUUAUGCACACUUGACUUAUUUUUGACCUUUAACAAAUCAUCAAAUAUACUUAACUACAUGUAUAACAAAGUGAUUAACUCUCAAAUAGCUUGUAUAUUUUGGACAACUCUUAUUCUAAUAUUCGGAUAAAUCAUGGUCUUUACUAAUUUUAGGGGUGUUGUUUACAUAUGGUUGAUUGGUUUACCAUUUUUAGUUUUUAUUGUGUUUAUGAGAAGGGAAUAUAGAUAUGAUUUAAUGAUGGUAGAUUCAAACAAAUUUGAUUCUCUGAAUUAAGCAGUCAGUUAAAUUUUAUAUUUGACCAGGUGCUUAAACUACUACAAUACUGAUAGAAAUAUGGCAGCCAUUUUAGAUGGUUUCGUGGAUUACCAUAGAACUAUUUGCAAUAGAGAUGAUUGUCCAUGCUAAGCGAAAAAUAUGAACUAAAAAAAAAUCAAAAAGUUUAUUAAAAAUGCAAGGGCUGGUUAAUUUGAUGAUGAAAUAAAAGAAAAGUUCGUUGUCUUAGUUUACUUAAUAGAAAGAAUAUUUGUACUUGCCUUAACAAGAUUCCCCGGAUGCACCCAACUUAGAGUUAAUCACGCUCUCUUCCUGUUAGAUAAAAUGAAGAGUACUUAACAAUCUUUAUCAGAGCUUGAUAUUGCUUAACAAGAAAAACCCUAUCUUGAUGAAUAAUUUAUGAUUUUCAGAUAUAAAAAAUUAAUUGAAGACUCCAUGCUUGAGGCAAGAAAAAAUACUAACGCAAACUAAGAAUCUGCCAAUGAAAUAACUGCAGAUAAUGCCAUGAAAGAAAUCAUGCUUAACAUAGAGUAAUCAACAAUGCUUCAUAUAGAUUUUUGGUCUUAACUCUCUGAAGAUACUCCAGAUUUAUCUAGAGUUUAUGAAAUUGGUAUCAAACUUAAUUAUGCUAAUAACUUAGUAAAAGAGAGUUGGAAAAAGCAAAUGAAAUUAAAUUCCGAUAUUUCUCCAAAUUAAUUAAGAACAUAUGCAAGAUAUUUACUUGAUGUUUUGAAUGAUAAAGAUUAAGCAUACGAAGUCAUUUAAAAACUAAAAUCAGCUUAAUCAACAAAUGUAGAUCGCAGCAAGACAACGAAUAAUAUAAAUGAAUUUUAAAAUGAAUCAACAGGUCUAAUUUCAGUUUCUGCAGAAGAUGUUUCAUUUGCGAGAAUAUCUGGAUUAAAUUAGACUGCUGCUAUGUAUUUUGGUUAUUCAAAAUCAGAGCUUAUAAACAGAAAAGUAAACUUGAUUAUGCCUUAAGUAUUUGCUGACCAUCAUGAUUCAUUUUUAGAAGACUAUCUUCAUCAUUUAGAAUCUAAAGUACUAAACAGAGAAAGGUUGUUGUUUGGAAAAGCCAAAAACGGGUAUAUAUUCCCAUCUUAUAUGUAUGUCAGAUAUGUACCAAGCUAUAUACAUGGCACUUAGUUUAUUGCUUCUAUUAGAAUUGAAAAGUACUUUAAGCUCAUUGGCUUUAUGAUUAUUACAAAAGGAGAGUUUGAAAUAGUAAACAUAACAUCAAACUGUAUUACUUUAUUUGAUUUAAGUUUGGGAAUAUUAAAUAAGAAAAAACCAAGCAUCACUGAUUUAAUACCUGAAUUUAGCUUACACACUAAAGAAUUUUAAGCAAAAGGUGGAUAUGAUAUCCAUAUAGAUAUAGGAAAUUCAGAGGAAUAAUAGUUGUAUAAUGUUCAGAUCAAAGAAAUAGUGUUCAGAGGUGGAUUAGGUUUGCAAGGAUAUGAAGUUAGAUUUGAAAAGUAAGUUAAUGAAAAUAAGUAAGCAACAGACUAAAUGGGAAACGAAACACUGAGAUAACCUGAGCAAAAUAACAAUUUGUUGACAACAGGAAGAUCGAAAUUAAAUCCUCAAAAUAUAAAUAAAUUUGUAUUGAAAUAUGAUUAUGAAAAUCACUAAUUUUGUGGAGAAUAUAAUGCCAAUAUUAUUAUGAGCAAUGUAAACAAUUUGAACUAGAAUAGCUCAGUAAAAGAUUCUCAUAUCUAGCAUUCACCCAAAGAAGCUGCUACUAAUAAUGAAAUUGCUAUUAAUUUCUCAACAUACUAAAUUGAUUAAUCGAAUAGAGAAAAAGAUAAGCAAGAUGAAGAAGAUAUGUAAAAGAUGAACGUUGAAUAUGCCAAAGGUAUUAGAACAGUUAGGCUGGUUAGAGGCCAAUUCUUGGAUGUCGAUGAAAUGAGGAGAGAUGAAAUGGAAGAUGAAGAAGAAGAAGAGGAAGAGCAUGACAAAAAAUUUGAUAAUUUAAAAAAUGACAUGAUCAAAGGAUCCAAAUUAGACGAACUCGAAAACGAAAGUAGUGGUCCAGGUGAGUCAAAUGCAUUUAAAAAUAAAUAAAAGCUUGUAUAAUUUUUAUCUGAAAACAAAGCUUCACAAAAUAACAGUUUGGAAGUAUUUAAAUGGUCUGGAGUAGUCUUACUUGUAAUAUUAGGUAUUUUGGCAAUCUUGAAUUAUGUUUAAUCUCAGUCUCUUUUUGACUCUAUAAAUUCAUAGUACAAAGUUAUAUCAUAAAGCAAUUUAAGAUAAGCAGAUGUACAAAGAAUACUUUUUAAAAUUGCUAAUUACGAGUUAAUAAGAUUAGGCUUGUUACCUCCUAUUACUGAUUUAACUAUUGAUUAAACAGACCUCGAUAAUACAAUAAAUGAACUUUAAACUUUACAGCAAUAUAUUGUAGACAAUUCUUCCAAUAUGGGAAGUGCUUAAAAAGAAUUCUUUAACUCUGCUACUAUUAAUUUAUACAAUUCUUAAUCUGGAUAAAUAAGCACUCAAUAGACUGACAUGAAUCAGGCUACAUAUUAAUAUAUUUCUAAAAGCUUAAAUUUGGUAAAUUUAAAAAUUCCUGAUUAUACAAGCACUCUCUAUCCAGAAAUAUUUUUUAUAGAAUAUAAUGGCCUUAAUGAUUUCUAGCAAUCGUUAUUUUAGUCUUCAAAUUAUUAUGCAUAAGAUCUUAAUAGUUACAUAAGUUCGAAAAACUCUCUAUUUGUUACUUAUCUAAUUGUCUCUAUAGUUGUAGUUGUUUUAAGCUUUAUUUGCAUAGCUCCAAUUUUUUCAUUUGUAAAUAAAAAUCAAGAGUCUGUACUUAAGUUGUUUUUAGAAAUACCAGUUGCAUAAGUAAAGCUUUUGUUUUCUAGAUGUGAACAAUUUUAAAAUGGAAUGCAAAUGGGAGAAGAUGAUAAUGUUAGCGAAAUGGAUGACUUGGUUGUUGAGGAUGAAGAUGGUGGAGAUUAUGGAAUUGGAAGAAAAAGAAAGAAAAGAAAAUUCAAAUUUGAAAGUAUCGAGAAGAGAAAUUUCAUUAUAAAAUUUUUACUUAGUUUACUUCUCUUAGAAAGUUACUUUAUUGCAACAUAUUUUGUAAGUACAAGUUUAUAGUCUUCUCUUAGCUCGUUAGUCACCGAAUUUAAUUAUACGUGUUAAGCAGAGCCUUACUAUACAUAUAUUAAUAAUGCCUUGAGGAAGUUUUUCAUAGAUUAAACAUUCAAUAUUAAUCUAGGAAAUGGAGCAAAUUUAAUCCAAGUAGCACUUUAAUAGCUCAAUGACAUUAAUACAAAUAUCCAUACUGAACAUGCAAAAAAUAUUGGAUCACAUACUAGUACAUAUAACAAUUAUUUUGAAAGUAUUAAUGAUCUUAAUGCUUGUACUGUGAUGGAAAGUUUAAAUCUUUAGAAAGCAACUGAUUGUGCAAAAUUUGCUGUCGGUAUAGUUUAAGAGGGAAUGGGUCCUGGAACAAUUAGACACUUUGAAAAUAUAAGAUAUUUGAUUACACUUUAUCAAAACUUUGCUAAUGAUGCAUCACAGACAUUCCCAGCUGAAGAAAAUAAACCUGAUAGUAAUCUAAUACCAGUGCAAGGGAUAUCAGACGUAAGAAAACUUAGAAUAGCAAAUAUACUAUCAAUAAACUCUGCUAUAGAAAUAAAUACCAUGCAAGACAUGUAUAUAAGGAACCUACAAAGAUAUUAGCAGUCAGAUAUCUUCUAACUAAACAACUAGAGUUACAAUCUUUAUUUGCUUUAUGGUGCUACUAGUUUGUAUAUAUAUUGUAUUCUGGAUUCCUUUAGUAACAAAAAUUACAAGGGAGACUGCAAGGACCACAGCUAUGUUGAGCUUAAUACCCUUAAAAAUUAUUGUUUCAGUUAAAGCUAUUAAGGAUUACUUAAAUAAAUUUUUGAAAAUAGAGUGAUUAUUAAAUUAAAUAAUUAAUAUUUGUAUGUGUAUGUGUGUAUGAUUAUGUGUGCUUACCUUUUUUUAUUCUAACUAUGUUAUUAUCUUUAAAAUAUAAUUACUAUAAGCCUCUAAAUAUUCUUCAAUUAAAUAAAUUUUAGAAAAUUAAAUUAAAUUUAAAAAAAAUAAUAGAAUAUUUAUUAGAAAGUAAUAAAUAGUUAAUUUUGCUUUAAAGAUUAAAAGUGUCUUCUGAUUAUUCACGAUUAUUUAUUUAUUUACUUAGUUUGUUUGUUUGUUUAUUAGGAGGAGAAAUAUUUGAAUUUAAUUGAAAAAUAAAAAAGAACUUUAGCAAAUUAAGAUGAUAAAUAAAGAAUCAGAAUAGAUAAUUAAUUAAGAGGAGAUUCUAUAAAAAUUAAAUAAAUCUGA